AUGGAGGAAAGAAGCCAGUUUCUUUGUGGUGUGGUGGAAGGGUUCUACGGGAGGCCGUGGUCUAUGGACCAGAGGAGAGUUCUCUUCCAAUGGAUGCAGCACUGGGGUUUGAACACCUACCUGUACGGCCCUAAAGACGACCUCAAACACAGACUGUUAUGGAGGGAGGUGUACUCCCCAGAGGAAGAGGGUCAGCUGAGGACCCUGGUGACUGAGGCGCGGUCGCGGGGCGUGACCUUCGUCUACGCCCUUUCCCCCGGCCAGGACAUCGUCUUCUCCUCCGCCUGCGACCUCACCCUGCUGAAGCGCAAGCUCAAGCAGGUGUCAGACCUGGGUUGCGAGGCGUUUGCCAUCCUGUUCGACGACAUCGACCACUCCAUGUGUCAGGCCGACAGCGAGGCCUUCUCCUCGUUCGCCCACGCUCAGGUGUCCGUAGCCAAUGAGAUCUACCGCUUCCUGGGGGAGCCGUCCGUCUUCCUGUUCUGCCCCACAGAGUACUGCGGGUCCCUCUGCUCCCCAUGUGUGUCCAAGUCCUCCUACCUGCAGACCCUGGGGGCCGACCUGCAGCCCAACAUCUCAGUCAUAUGGACCGGCAGUAAGGUGAUCUCCCGGACCCUGUCGGUGGACUGUCUGGAGGAGGUGGGCUCUGUUCUUCAGCGCCCGCCGCUCAUCUGGGACAACCUGCACGCCAACGACUACGACUCGCGGCGCCUCUUCCUCGGGCCCUUCAAGGGCCGGGAGCCGCAGCUCCGCCGCCGCCUCAGGGGCCUCCUGCUGAACCCCAACUGCGAGUUCGAGGCCAACUACAUCCCCCUGCACACCCUGGGGACAUGGCACCGGACCCCCCCCGGGGGAGAGGGGGGAGACGACGAGCCUGAAUACUGUCCCGACAGCGCUCUGUCCGAGGCGCUCCGUGAUUGGAUGGACGAGCUCAACCAGCCCCUGCAGCCAGGCCGUCAGAGCACCACCCCCACCUCCCGCGCCAAGACCCCCGACCGGGCCGACCGCCCCCCCGCCACGGCCAAGCCCCUCCCCAUGUUCCCGCUGAGCUCCGGCUCCCCCCCCACCUCCCCCGCCAAGGGGGGAGACAACGGGAGCGAGGGGGAGGCGAAGAGGCCCCCGGGGGAGGGCCUCAAGCACAAGGCCCAGGGCCGGGUGCCCUGCGGCGGGAAGGGCCUGCUAAGCGAGGCCCAGGUCCGGCUGCUGGUGGGUCUCCACUACCUGCCCCACGAGCACGGGCCGGCCGCCCAGCGGCUGCUGCAGGACCUCACCUGGCUGAAGUCCAACUGUCACCUGGUCAGCCUCAACGGGAAGAAGACCGCCCAGCAGAAGGUGGAGGAGUGGCGUGGCCGGGCGUCCAGGCUGAUGGCGCUCUGCGAGGACAUCGCCGAGCUCCACUGCAGCGUGGUGGGCGGGGUCAACCGCGCGGUGCUGUACGACCUCUACCCCUACGUCUGGGACCUGAGGAACACGGCGCUGGUGGCCAAGGCCUUCGUCUGCUGGCUGGACGGCCGGGUUCUGGGGGACAGCUCCACUCUGGGCUCCUGGAAGAACUGCUUCCACUGGUGUGGGACGACGACGGGGGCGGAGCUACUUGGAGUGGAUUCGGAACCGUGGGUGUUCAAGGGCGGGGUCUCGGGGGAAGUGCAGAUGCUCCUUCCAAUAGGAAGCAGCACUGAGCUGUUCACUCACCCUCCUCCUCUCUUCCCCACCUCUCGCCUCUACAACGUCAGGCCCUACCACAGCAAGGACAAGGUGGAGUUGUACCGUAUGGUGCGACAGCUGCACCUCAGAGCCCAGGGGGGUAAAGACUCCAACUCAACCCACCCUGAUGUCACCGGCGACAGGUGCCUGGGGGCCUGCCUGGCCCUGUGCCCGGAGUACAGCUUCGUGCUGGAGGACGAGCUGGGCGUGUGCGGCUGCGUGACGGGCGUGCAGGACGUGCGCGCCUUCAUCAAGCGCUGCCACGCCACCUGGAUGCCCGCCAUGAGGGACAAGUACCCGGGCCCCCGGACCGGGCCGUCUGCGCUGCCCGCGCACACACAGGACCUGCUCCUGCUGAUGGAGGAGGACCAGGGGGAGUACCCGGACUCCCUGCUCCACCACUUCCCCUCCCAGCUGCGUCUGGACGCCCUGCCCCAGCUGGUGGACGCCAGCGUGAGCCGCACCCUGCUCACCGCCCUGCUGGCCGCCCUCAAGGCCAACGGUUCCCAGGGGGUGUUCUGUGAGGUCCAGCCCACCGACCGCCAGCGGAUGGAGUUCCUCACCAAGCUGGGCUUCCUGGAGAUCCUCCGCGGAGAGGCCCGCAGCCGAGAGGGCGUGGUCCUGGGAAGGCUCCUGUAA